CUGGCGGGAAAGGCACCGGAAACACGUCGGUGGUCACGUGAUGUGCGUGUAGCGGUCAACAUGGCGACUGGGAGAGUAGCUUGGUAGACGGUUUCUUCUGCUGUAGCAGAGCUUCACCUGGGUUCUUUUAACGCAUCAUCGCUCAGUUUUCGAGGUUGUCUGAAGCAGCACGAUGCCAAGAAAAAGUAGCGUCAGCUUCAAACCAGGAGACCUGGUGUUCGCCAAGAUGAAGGGCUUCCCUCACUGGCCUGCCAGGAUCUGUAAGUCGGAGGACGGCUACAAGAAGCGAGUCCCAGUCUACUUUUACGGGACCCAUCAGAUAGGUCUAAUCCCUCCAAAGAACGUCGUCCCGUACGCCGGCAACAAGAAUAAAUAUGGCAGCGGCGUUCGCAUCAAAGGCUUCACUGAAGGCAUGUGGGAGAUCCAGAACACGCCUGGAGUUGGGAGUAAACUUAAAGUACCAGCAAAGACAACAACUGUUAAACCGACUUCCAAUAAAACCACAAAUGACAAACCUAAAAGAAUUUGCAGUAAACUGGACUCCAGUCAGUCUGCUCCUGCGACUGCAGACAGUAAAUCAGCCUCUGGCAGAAAUACACCGAGCAAAGUUACAGCAGAAAUGGAAGCUGCAGCUUCAGAGAGAGAGUCCAAACAACGGCCAGACGAUGCCACUGCUACUGAUGACUCAGAGACCACUGUGACAACCAGAAGGGGGGCAGUGGGUAGUAAUCAGAGUACACCUGCAGGGAGACGUACUAGACAAACUACUACCAGUACUGCUUCUGCAAAGACUGAGGAGGAGGCUGAUGCUGAACAACACAAAAGGACUCCUGCUGGUCCUGCUGUAGCCACACCAGCCAGAAAGAAACAGAAGAUCACAGAAACAAGAUCUGCUUCUAGACAAACAGCCCAGAAUGACAGAGAGCAAACGGGAGAAAGUGAAGAGAAAACUGGGGACAGAAGGCGCAAGAAAGCCAAAAAAGGUAAAGGUGUGGCAAAAAAGGCAGAAGGCACAAACGAGAAAACGAAGGAGAAGUCAGCAGAAAGCCACGUGAUGAAGACCAGGGGGGCUGAGAAAGAGGAGCAGAAGGAAGAGCAGAUGAAACAGGAGGUGAAAGAAGGGAAAAAGCAGGAGAGGACGAGUUCAGAAGACGGUCGAGGAACAAAAAGAAAGGGAGAGAAGGAGGCACAGAAGACAAAGAAACAAGGCUCAGAGGACAGGAAAGAAGAGAAACCUGCAGAACAGCCAGUGAGGGAGGAGAGGAAGACGAGGAGAGCAGAGAAGAAGGAGAAAAGUACAGAGGAAACGGGAGAGACGGCAAAGAAAAAGACCUCAGAGGACGAGAGGGAAGAAGACGCACCAGAAGAGCCAGGAGCCGGUUCUGUGGACCAGCAGAGACAGCGUCACCUGGCGUCAAAGAGGGAGAGUGUGUUAAAGUCUCUGAGAGGUUUGCUGAAGGACGGGAGGCGAGGGAGGAGAGUGAAGAGCAGUCUGAAAGGUGGUGACAGAGCAAAGAGGAGCGUGGAGGUCCGAAAGACACCAGCCAACAACAGCGUGAAGGAACCGCCCGUCACUGAGGUGAAGCCGGGCGUCAAAGCCAAACUCUCCGGCAAAUCAGCACAAGAGACACUGAGAGGAGAGGAGAACAAGAGCACGAGGAAAGACAGUGGACAUGGGUGUGAACAGACAACAACAGCAGAAAAGACGAAAGAGGAACAGAGGAGGAAAAGCCCUGAAGACAAGACGAAAGACGACCCAAAAACGAGGAAAAGCCCUGAAGACAAGACGAAAGACGAGCAGAAGAGGAGGAAAAGCCCUGAAGAGAAGACGAAAGACGAGCAGAAGACCAUGAAGAAAAGCCCUGAAGACAAAGAGCCCAAACAGCCGAACGAAGACAAGACCAAAGACGAAAGCAUGAAGAAAGGAGAAGAAACGAAUCAAAGCAGAGACGAAGAAAAGAAGGAAGAGAGAAAAAUCAUCGGAAAGAUUGUGAAGGCGACGGCCAAACAGGGAACCAAGGUCAAAACCAUGAUGGGAGGACUGAUGGUGCCUGCAGCGGAGGAGGAGAAGAAGAAGACGGACGGCGUGAAGAAUAAAGAGCACAGAGAGAAGAUUCCUGAGGCUCGAACGAGAGCAGCGACGGACGACAACAAAGACGCAGAGAAGAAGAGUGAGGACGCGUCCAGUGGAAGGACUCAGGAGAAGAAGAGAGACGAGAAGGGCAGCGAGAAAGCUGUGAAAGAGAAGAAGAAGAACGAAAGAGCAGAAAGAGCAGCGGAGCGAGGAGAGAAGUCAGCAGAGGCCAAAGCGAAGGAGGAGAAGAAGAGCGACGCAGCAGAAGAGACGCUGGAGCUGCAGCCGGAGGGGACGGUUCCCACCAUGACGCUGACCGACUCCACGCUGCACCGCAUCCACGGAGACAUCAGGAUCGCCCUCAAGUCUGACAACCCAGACAUCGGUAAGUGUCUGAAGGCUCUGGAUCAGCUCAGUAUGGUUUAUGUGACGUCACAGCACGUUCAGAGACACAGUGAACUAGUGGCGACACUGAGAAAGAUGCGCUUCUACAGAGCCAACCAGGCGGUGAUGGACAAGGCCUCCAUGCUCUACAACCGCUUCAAGAACGCCUUCCUGGUGGGACAGGGGGAGGAGGUGGUGAGCGCCGCCUUCCUGCGCUCCCUGCUGGAGCAGAAGGGGAGGGAGGAGCAGCUGAGGAGGAGCGAGGGGGCCGGGAGUGAUGGGGGAGGAGAGGAGGGGAGGCAGGAAGGUGCAGUGGACUCCUCCUGAGCUCCUCCUGUCAACCAGCCUCCGCGUGACGAGGCUCCCCCUUCAGAUGACGAGGCUCCUCCUCCACGUGACGGCGCUGGGACGAUGCUCCUCCUCCUUUGAGCCUCGUGGGGACAGUGACGAUCCGCUGACUCUUUUAUCUGGACACACUAGUGUUUAACUUCACUUCAGCAUUACUUUAACCUCAGACACCAGCUGAGGUUCAGGUGCGUUUGAACCUAGAACGAGGAGCAACGCCUCAGACGUGGGACUGGAGGCUCAGACAGGAAGCAGCUGCUGGUGACGUGAGCCCAUCGUCACGGUGCUUUUUAAUGUCGAUAUCAAACCACGCCGAGCAUUAAACGGAGUCUGUUGAUGCCGUGGAUCAUGUUUCAGCUGCUGCGUUGACGCUUCUUUUUGUACAUUUAGGUAUUUUAGUCUGUGUUUUAUUGUGACACCUGAGAUAUUUAUGAUGUUUUAGCUUAGCAGUUGUUUUCUAAAUGGCUGUUACACGAUCUGUUAUGUAAAUGUGUAAUUUUUAUGGAAACAUGUCAAAGCUUAUUUUAUAAAUCGGACAAGUCAUUUCAA